AUGUUUUCCUUGACUUCUGCAGAGGAGCCAAGCAAGCCGAAGAAGAAGAAAGCAAAAACCAGCGCUGCAGCAGCGACUGAGGCACGCAAGCCGGUGUCUGGGGUGUCAGCGGCUGAUGUCAGCGCAUGGGAGGGGCUGGGGCUAGGGCCGGGGGUGCUUGGUGCGAUUGGAGGGCUAGGGUUUGGGGAGCCGACGCCGAUCCAGCGCGAGUGCCUGCUGCCGGCCAUCCGCGACCGCCGUGAUGUCAUCGGCGCUGCGCAGACGGGCUCCGGCAAGACACUGGCUUUUGGCCUGCCCAUCCUGCAGCUGAAGGGGAGAAAGGGUGGGGGCCUGUUGAGAGCGCUGAUCUUGGCACCCACCCGCGAGCUGGCCAUGCAGGUGUCAGAACAUCUGCAGGCGGUGGCAAAGCCAGUGGGCGUCUGGGUGGCGCCGAUUGUUGGAGGCAUAUCGCCGCCAAAACAGGCGCGCCUGCUCGGCCGGCGGCCUGCCAUCGUUGUAGCCACCCCUGGGCGGCUGUGGGAGCUGAUGCGGCUGGGGGAGCCCCACCUUGCAGACCUGACUGGACUCUCCUUCCUAGUCCUGGACGAAGCCGACCGUAUGGUGCAGCAAGGCCACUUCCAGGAGCUCACGUGCAUCGCACACGAGGCAUGCCCGGCGGAUCUCCUGCAUGCAUCUUUCGCUUCCAAAGAGACUACACUGAUGGACCGGAUGCCCUUCCGGCCCAAGCCCAAGAUCGUGGACCUGACAAGCGAGCGCAAGCUGGCCGACAAGGCACGUUCCCUCCUCACAUUUGCUGCGCCCCUCUCCGAGGAGGAACGGGACGAGGUGCUCUACUAUCUGCUAGCAGCGCACCCCGGCCGCACACUGGUCUUUGUCAACGCCGUCUCAACCGCCCGCCGAGUCGCCGCUCUGCUCAAGCUCCUCAAGAUGCCCUCCUCUGCGCUGCACGCAGGCAUGCAGCAGCGCGCGCGGCUGAAGGCGUUGGAGCGGUUCCGCGCGGAUGACACGGCUGUCCUAGUGGCGAGUGACGUGGCGGCGCGCGGCCUAGACAUCCCGGGGGUGCGAUGCGUGGUGCACUACCAGAUUCCGGCCAGCGCUGAUGUGUACGUGCACCGCAGCGGCCGCACGGCGCGCGCCGCUCAGGACGGCCUGGCCGUCGCACUCGUAACUCCCCGCGAGGCGCCGCGAUUCGCCGCUCUUCUAAGGGUGAGUCAGGAUUUUUGGGGCGUCGAUUGUGCUGUGCACACCGUAAUACUCACUUCCUUGCUCACUCAAAUUACUGGCACUUUUGGGGAGCAGGACAUGUAUAUAUAUUCUGCUGUCUUGCAGCAUGCUCUUGUCUUUCUCGUCUCACUGCACCCUAUGUGGCGAAACAUGAUAUAA